AUGACUCCAAUAACAACACAACAACCAAUCCUCAUCCUCGGUGCCGGCAUCUCCGGUCUAGCUCUGGCUCAAGGUCUCCUCAAAUCCAACAUUCCCUUCCGUAUCUACGAACGCGACACCCACUUCAAUCUCCGUGCCCAGGGUUACCGCGUCCGUAUCAUCGGCCCUGGGAUAGAAGCCCUGCAGUCCGUUCUCUCAUCUAAGCUGUACCAGCGUCUUGAGGCUAGUUGCGCGACUAACGCUCUCGGGGGCAGUGGCCCGAGUGCAAGGCUUAACGCAUUGAGUGCCGAGGAAUUGGAAAGCUUCUUUGGCAAAGCAGGGCCGCCUGGUAUGGGUGGGCAGCCCGGACCAGGUGGGCCUGGCAAGAGUGGGCCUGGCAUGAGCAUGGGGCAGAAGCCCGAGGGGAGCCCUGAGCCGUUGAAUGCGGAUCGAAUGGUCUUGAGGAGUGUGUUAAUGCGCGGCCUUGAAGAACAUGUCGAAUUCGGCAAAGAGUUCUCUGCGUAUGAGAUCACGCCAUCUGGUGUGGUUCUUCAUUUCAGCGACGCCAGUGAAGCACAAGGUUCUCUGCUGGUCGGUGCCGACGGUGCAAGCUCGAGAGUUCGAAAGCAGUUUGUCCCUCAGCUUAGCCUCAUGGAUACGGAAGGCAGAUUCUUCUACGGCAAAUCGACCCUCACGCCUGAGCUGGAAGAGAAGUUCAAUGAGAGGUGUUUGAAGGGUAUGGCAGUCAUCCAGGAUCGCACAGGCGAUGUGCCAGUCACUCUCCUCCUGGAGCCUGUGCGCUUCAAAGAUAACGAAUUUCGGAAAGAGCUGCCCAAAGAUUACGUCUACUGGGUCCUGCUCGCCAGAAAAGGCGUCCAUGGCAUGACCGAUGCAGAGCUGCUAGGCCUUACUAACAACGAAUCAGCAGAGCUAGCAAAAAAACUGACGUCCCACUGGCACCCUUCCUUUCACGCCCUCUUAGACCAACAAGACUCGGCGCAAACGUCCCUUCUCCGCAUCAUCUCCGCUUCCCCCAACAUUCCCAUUUGGGAACCCUCGAGCCGCAUCACGCUCAUCGGAGACGCAGCGCACGUCAUGUCGCCCACUGCCGGCAUUGGCGCUACGUGUGCCCUGAGGGAUGCGGCGAUGUUGGCGGAGGUGCUGAGGGAUGAGGGCAUCACCAAGGAGGCCGUCGGGAGGUAUGAGGAAUUCAUGAGACAGAAUGCCCAAGAGGGCAUUUCCAGGAGUGCGAUGGGUGGGAAGCAUAUGUUCGGUAUGAGGCCUUUUGAGGAGUUGGCCAAGGUGACUGUGUAG